UGAAUGCAACCCAUGCAUUAUGUAAUCAGUCCAAGACCCUUGGGAUAAUUCCUUGCUUUUCACAGAUAUUCUUCCCGGUACAAUAAUCAACGAACAGCACCUCGUCUUAAACUCCAAAAUCAUUUUACCAUUGGCAAGGGCUUUUGCCCAACCCAAUACUCUUGGCGCAGCAAGAGCCACACCUACGUCUUGCGGCGAUUCUUCUUCACCGCGCACCGAUUGUCUUAUCGGAUCGAGCUAAGUCACAUGACUGCGCGGAUCCUGGGCGUUGACAUGGGAGCCUGCACGCGCGUGGCUUUCGCAACAACACGAGCUUGUCGCGUCGUUAUACCUUUACUAAGUGGCGAAAACGGUCUCGACAAGCUUCAAGUCAAAAUACGUCCCUGCUUAUCAUGACAUUGUGCUCUCUACCACCACCUCAUCCUCCAUGAGACUCCUUUACUUUCAACAUGGACCUGUUCCGGGUGAGACUGAACUGCAUAGACCACUACCAGGCGACCCCGACGCAUUAUGAUCCGCAGUUGAGGAACGAUGUCGGCCCUGGUCAAGCGAAGAAAGGUCCAAAAGUCCCAGUUGUGAGGGUUUUUGGUUCAACUGAAACCGGCCAAAAAGUGUGCGCUCACAUUCAUGGCGCUUUCCCCUAUCUAUAUGUCGAGUACCAAGGCAGCCUGGAGCCUGAAGAGGUCGGAGCCUACAUUUAUCGGCUUCAUCUGUCUAUCGAUCAUGCCUUGGCCGUCAGCUAUCGGCGCGAUCAGUACGGAGACAAUGCCAAGUUUGUCGCCCGCAUCACACUGGUCAAAGGAAUCCCGUUCUAUGGCUUUCACGUGGGAUACAGAUUCUUCCUCAAGAUCUACAUGUUUAACCCUAUCGUCAUGACAAGACUAGCCGACCUACUUCAGCAAGGCGUCAUCCUCAAGAGCAAAUUCCAGCCCUACGAAGCUCAUCUCCAAUACUUGCUGCAGUUCAUGACUGACUACAACUUGUACGGUUGCGGUUACCUGGAAACUUCUGAUGUUUACUUCAGAGGCCCCGUUCCAUCUUGCGAGGAAGAGGGCAACUCUCAGCAUCUGUGGCAUGACAGAACGAUUCCCCACGGCCGGAUCCUUGAUGACCUGAGUCUGCCCAGGGUCAGUCAUUGCUCUGUCGAGGUUGACAUAUGUGUUCAAAACAUCAUCAAUCGACACCUGGUCAAAGAGCGUCGUCUUCAUCAUGAAUUUGUAGAGCGUGUAAAGCCGCUUCCAGCCGACGUGAAGCUGGUGUACAGCAUGGCAGGGCUUUGGAAAGACGAGACCCGCCGCCGGAAGUUGAAAAUGCCUAACGCCGAUCCCGGUAGCAGCCCAUUCCCAGCGGAAGUCUUGGUUUCCAUGUCCGCAAACGCGCGCGACUCACAACCGCAAGGGUGGAUUCAUGAGAAAGAAUACAAACAGGAAGUAGGCAAGCUUAUCGAAGCGGAGAAGGACCCGGGAGAUCAAUCCAAGCCGAAUUUUGAGACAUUUGUCGAGCAAGACCGACUGGAGUCCACGGUCAAUACAGCGCUUCAAUCCGUUGAGGACCUGUAUCCAGCCAACCUUCUGCCAGCGCUUGGGUUACCUUCGAACCAUGGACCGGACGUCAGCAACCUGGCGAGCAGCAUAGAGGUUGAUGAGCAAGGCGUUCUCGAUCUGGGUGGCGACGACUUCGAUCCCUAUCCCGCCGAUUCUGACGAAGAGGCACUCGUUCAGAUGGAAGAACUGAAGCCAAGAAAGGAUGGUGACACGAAGGGCGCCGCCAAUCCCGAUGAGCGGCGGCCGAGCAACCGACGAAAACCGUCUGUUAACAGGUCCCGCACGAAACCUUCCAACGAGGAAACGGCACUUGCCAAAAACACUGCGAACGAGUUAGAAUCCGACCUUCCUCUGCCUCAAUACAAAGGGGUCCAUGCCAGUAGGCUGAAAACUGGGAAGCCGCCAAAUGUGCCUGCUUGGGAUGAUCUUCUUAUUAUGGCUGAAGAGGAAGGGCUCGUAUCUAAAUUGAAAGGAGAAGUGGCAUCAAGUCGCCCACGAACGAUGUCAGCAAAGCGAAGCUUAUCGCCGUCUGGUGCAGCGAUGUUUCCGGCCAAACGUUCCAAGAACGGGGACUCGGAGCUAUCUGGCCUUGUGGCGCCUGCACUCCAAGUCCCGUCUAAAAGCAUACUGCAUAUCGGGCUUGUUUCCGAGAAGCAUAAUGUUAAGAUGUUGCCGUCGUAUACCCAUGAACCUCCCGGGCUCUCACAGACUACCGGCUCGAAGCCCGCGGCGAAUUCGAAGCUGGCCUUUCCAGUGGUCAAAAGCCAAGAUGAUCCAGGCACCAAGCUUCGACUGAGCCAAUUGAGCCAACCUCGAGCUUCGCAGCAAGGCGAUGAGGAUUUCCAGAAGCAUCUCUCUUUCAACUUGACUACAACAGAAAUAAGUAACAACCAGCCCAAGACACCAGUUUCGACCAAGAAAGUCCAAAUAUCAGAACCGUCAGAAGUCUUGGUUGGAAUGGAGACGAUAUUGCACCGUGUCCAGACAGCUCUUGGGGCAUUUUCUGCUAAGCGCCAGUUUCUGGUUGGAUCACUGCCUCCUGCUUCGAAAGAUAUUACAUCGACUUUGAAGGACCACCAAAUUCCGGAUGUCAUAUACCAAGAUGCCUACUUUAGCGAAGAGAAAGAUGUUCCCGCACGGCCAAGAGAGUAUGCUGGGCGAGAAUUCCGCCUCGAGAGCAACACGCUGCCAUUUCUGGCCGACUUUGACCCGAAUGGCACAUCCGCAGCUAGCAUGGGUAUCAAACCAGACGGUCCAAUCGACAAGGCCAAGACAGGCUCACUGUAUGAAAUUCAGAGGAAGCUUUGCUCAUACCGAAGCUGGGAAAUAGCACAGCCACCGCCAACCUUCCAAGAAGUUCGGCAUUGGUGGGAAGAGAAGCAUCCCGUGCGGCGAAAACGCAGCACUUCUGGUGCAAAGAUCGAGGGUACUCCUCGAGCGAUAGGACGCCAUCUUUCCCAGGUUGACGGGCCGACUCCAAAGAACAAGCACGGCUUCAAGUACUCGCUGAAGAAGAAGUCGACCGGUGUCAAGCAUGAGGCACAGUAUAUGAGCACUAUGGCCCUCGAGGUUCAUGUCAAUACGAGAGGCAAAUUCGUGCCCAAUCCCGACGAGGACGAGGUUCGGUGCAUAUUCUGGUCCAUCAAAGGAGAUAGCACCACCAGCAGCAGUCAAGCAACAGCGGGAGGGAUGAUUGCCGGAGUUGUUGUCUUGUCGCCAGAUGGAGGUCUCGCUGCGAGAAUGCGUCGAUAUAUACCCGCAGAGGUCGUCGAAGAGGCUUCUGAGCUCGACCUCAUGGUCCGGAUGGUAGAAGUCGUCAGGAGCCACGAUCCGGAUAUCUUAACGGGAUAUGAGGUCCAUGGAAGCUCUUGGGGCUAUCUCAUCGAAAGAGCUCGCGUCAAAUACGAUUAUGAUCUUUGCGACGAGUUCUCACGCAUGAAGAGCAACUCUCACGGUCGCAUCGGCAAGGAAAACGACCGCUGGGGUUUCAAUACGACCUCGACCAUCCGCGUGACUGGCAGACACAUGAUCAACAUCUGGCGGGCCAUGCGAGGAGAGUUGAAUCUGCUUCAGUACACCAUGGAGAAUGUUGCAUGGCAUGUUCUCCAUCGUCGCAUACCGCACUACACGUGGCAGACUUUGACGGAGUGGUACAACAGCAACAGGCAACGGGAUCUUGACAAGCUGCUACGUUACUAUCUUGCGCGAACAAGGACAGACAUCCAGAUCCUGGAGUCUAAUGAGCUCAUUCCCAGAACCAGUGAGCAGGCGAGACUGCUAGGCGUGGACUUCUUCUCCGUGUUCUCGCGUGGAUCCCAGUUCAAGGUUGAAUCCAUCAUGUUCAGGAUUGCCAAGCCAGAAAAUUUCAUGCUCGUCUCUCCCAGCAGGAAACAGGUUGGGGGCCAAAAUGCGCUCGAGUGUCUUCCUCUGGUUAUGGAACCCCAAAGCGACUUUUACAACAGCCCCCUGUUGGUUCUCGACUUCCAAAGCCUAUACCCCAGUGUCAUGAUCGCCUACAACCUCUGCUAUUCGACAUUUCUCGGUAGGAUUGUCAGUUGGCGGGGUAUGAACAAGAUGGGCUUCACCGAAUACCAGAGGCACAAACGUCUUCUCGAGCUUCUGAAAGACUACAUCAACAUCACACCAAAUGGCAUGAUGUUUGUCAGGCCUGAGAUCCGCAAGUCGCUUCUCGCCAAGAUGCUAGGCGAAAUACUGGAAACGCGAGUGAUGGUUAAGGCCGGGAUGAAGCAAGAUAAGGACGACAAGACGCUUCAAAAAUUGCUUAACAACAGACAGCUGGCGCUGAAGCUCCUCGCGAACGUCACGUACGGCUACACUUCGGCGUCUUUCUCUGGACGCAUGCCAUGCUCGGAGAUCGCCGACAGCAUCGUCCAGACGGGCCGAGAGACAUUGGAACGAGCCAUCGCAUUUAUCCACUCACAGGAGCGGUGGGGCGCCGAGGUGGUUUACGGUGACACGGAUAGUCUGUUUGUCAAUCUCAAGGGCCGCACCAAGGACCAAGCCUUUGACAUUGGCAACGAAAUCGCCAAGGCCAUCACGGACAUGAACCCAAGACCGAUCAAGCUGAAAUUUGAAAAGGUCUAUCACCCAUGCGUCCUCCUAGCCAAGAAGCGAUACGUUGGCUACAAGUACGAGAGCAAGGAUCAGACGAAGCCCGAGUUUGACGCCAAAGGCAUCGAGACCGUCAGGCGGGAUGGGACUCCAGCGGAGCAGAAGAUAGAAGAGAAGGCACUUCGGAUUCUCUUCGAAACAGCCGAUCUCAGCGAAGUCAAGGCUUACUUCCAGCAGCAGUGCGAGAAGAUCAUGCGAGGGAAAGUCUCGGUGCAGGAUUUCUGCUACGCAAGAGAGGUCAAGCUCGGGACGUACAGCGACAAGGGCCCGCCGCCACCGGGAGCACUCAUCAGCACGAAAAAAAUGCUCGAGGAUGCGCGCGCAGAGCCGCAGUACGGAGAACGGGUACCAUAUGUGGUGAUCACGGGAGCGCCCGGGGCGCGGCUGAUAGACCGCUGCGUGGCGCCGGAAGACCUACUUAAGGACUCGCACUCUCAGCUGGACGCCGAGUACUACAUCUCCAAGAACCUGAUUCCGCCGCUGGAGAGAAUCUUCAACCUCGUGGGCGCCAACGUGCGGCAGUGGUACGACGAGAUGCCCAAAGUGCAACGCAUCCGGCGAGUAGACCAGACGCUUGGAGGCGGGCUCAACAAGAAGACGCUGGAGUCAUACCUGAAGUCGGCGUCAUGCGUAUCCUGCCACAUCAAGAUGCAGGUGGAAGGCGUGCUGUGCUCCAAGUGCCAGCAGGAUGCGCCGUCGUCGCUGUACCGCCUCCAGACGCGGCUGAAUCGGGAGGAGAGGAAGUAUAUGGAGGUGGUCAAGAUCUGCCGAAGCUGCUCAGCGAUGCCUGCGGCAGAUGAGGUGCCUUGCGAUAGCAAAGACUGCCCCGUGUUUUACUCGCGGGUCAAGCAGAACGCGCGUCUCAAGACGGAGAAGAGCGCUCUGGAGCCGGUCAUUGCCGAGUUGGUUGCGAAGGCGGAGAGGGCGUCGUUGGAGUGGUGACGGGUUGUGUACUUUUGCAUGUGUUUGUUGGAUAAGCGUGUACAGGUAGACUAUGGCGUAUCGGCAGUAGGUGGAUUGGAUACAUCGGGAAACAGUCAUCAUGGUGUUGGUACAGGUUCUUAGGGCGCAACGGUCUCUGGCGGGUAUCUUGUGUUGGUGUGUCCAUCCACAUCAGGAGUGGGAAGGUUUAGAGAUACAAUGAGAGAUUAUUGUGUCACGGCUCCGAUAGGCCAAUGUUUUGAGGAGUAGAUGGAAUAUUUCGCGGACCUCGGAGAUGGGCAGAAAAAAAC